CACACGAGUAACCUAACUGCGUGACUUGAUAAAAGUUCCGCAUGUUUCUUUUUGUUUUUGUUUACAUAUUGCACACAGUGUGAGAUUAGUUGCAAUCGUAUCCGGAAUAAACAAUUAUCGUUGCAAAAACAAAAAUGAGCAUUCAACGGAUUUUCACAUUUUCAAACUGAUUGAAAUCGUUUGGAACGAAAUUAUUUUAUCUGCCAUACGUUUUAUUGCUCUGUGUAAUUAGUUUUUUUUUCUUCGUCAAAUCAUCUGCUGGUACAAGAUGUUUGCGAAAAAUCGGUGUUCAUUGUUUAUGCGAUUAUUAACUUAUCCGCCAAAAGUUACAUUCGCCGCUGAACGAUCCAUUCACAACUAUGACGAAAUUUAUGAACAAACUAAAACGUUAUUCCAGUCCAAAAAAUUACCAAAGAACGUGAAUAAGACUGCUGUAUUUGCAUGCAAUGAGCUCGAUCUUAAUGAGAUUCAGGUCUAUGGCUUUGACUAUGAUUAUACGUUGGCUUGCUAUAAAAAGUCUUUGCAUUACCUACUGUAUGGCUUGGCUCGGGAUAUGCUAGUCGAGAAAUAUAAGUAUCCUGAGGCAAUAAAAAGCUUGGAGUAUAUGCCAGGAUUUGCAAUUCGUGGAUUGCAUUAUGAUAUUGAAAAGGGUUUAUUACUCAAACUCGAUUCAUUUUUGCAAAUUCAAUUUGGAUCGGUUUACCGUGGAUUAACUCCAAUUACUGAUGCCGAAGUCGUUAAACACUACCGCAAUCGUUCGAUACCAUUAGCUUAUGUUGAAGGAUCAUCGAAGACUCAGUAUGGACGAGGGAAAAUGAUACAAUUGGCGGAUUUAUUUUCAGUACCUGAAAUUAGCCUAUUGUGCAAUGUAGCAGAGUAUUUUCAAAAAGAGCAACUUAAUUACCACCCGGAGAUUCUUUUUAGCGAUGUCAAACAUUCGAUGGGAGCAUGUCAUCCGAUCAUGCAUAGAAUUGUUGCUCAGGACGUGAAUAAAUACAUCGAAGCCAAUCCACAGCUCAAACAUUUCUUUAAACGCCUUAAAGAUGACAAUAAACAAUUAUUUCUAGUGACAAAUAGCCCGUACCAUUUUGUAAAUCAAGGCAUGAAUAUGCUGGUCGGUCAAAAUUGGAAAGACUAUUUCGAUAUUGUAAUCGUGCAAGCGCGAAAGCCACGUUUUUUUACAGAUGAAACACGACCAUUUCGAGUUUUCGAUACUCGGGCCGGCACACAUCUAUGGGAUCGCGUUUGUCAAUUGGAAAAAGGAAGAACGUAUUUUGAAGGUACUGUUAAACAAUUGCAAGAGAUGAUGAAUUGGUCAGGCCACGAAGUAUUGUAUUUUGGCGAUCAUCCUUACUCUGAUCUCGCCGAUGUGACCCUAGAGCAUUCUUGGCGUACUGGCGC